GCUGAGAAGCCGAGUAUGAUGAACUGAGUGGCGGAACAUCUUUAGUAAAAUGGGAAGCACUUUCUAAUUUAAGAAAAAAAAACACACAGCUUAAUAGUUGAUAAAGUUAAAAGACCUCGAAGUUUGGAGCACGUCCCGUCGUUGGAGACACCGGGCCAGUUGCUGGGAGACGGUAGUUAAGCGGAGAAAGCGAGGACGGGCAACUCGAAAUAAGUACGGUCGGUGUUUUGUUUUUUUUAGAAGGAGUUAAAGCAUUCGCAGGAGAAUAAAACCAACUGGGCGAUUCUUUGAGCUGAAGAGGAUAUACAGCUGAGGAACAUAUCAGCAUGGUUACCACAAAGGGAGCAGGUCUAAACCCAAAUGCCAAAGUGUGGCAGGAGAUCCCUGCCCAGCAGAGUGACAUUCCCGGGGGAACAGAGGAUUCUUCUUGGCUGCAGGCCUACCCUCCCUCUGCUGAGAUGACUGCAGGUUACUCAGACGUUCCCUCUUCAGGAGGUAAAGGAUAUGACACUGAGUAUCUGGACAGCACUGCUGACUAUGCCCCAGUACCCUCCAGCGUGGUGAAUGACAUUGACCAGCCUGACUUGGGCUAUUUAGUCUUUGACCCACAGUGCAAAUCAACCGCAGACAGUGAUGUGUCUGUGGAACAACCAGUGACUGAGGAGAGUUUGAGAGACACUUUAAAGAAGCGGCUCGAGUUCUGCUUUUCUAGAGAGAACCUGUCUAAGGACCUGUACCUGAUAUCUCAAAUGGACAGUGAUCAGUUUGUUCCCAUCUGGACCAUUGCCUGCAUGGAGGACAUCAAAGCUCUUACCACUGACACGGACCUUAUUCUGGAUGUACUGCGAGCUUCCCCCAUGGUGCAAGUAGAUGAUGCUGGUGAAAAAGUUCGACCAAACCACAGUCGCUGCAUCAUCAUUCUAAGAGAAGUGCCAGAGACUACCCCAGUUGAGGAAGUAGAGGCUCUGUUCAAGAGUGAAAACUGUCCGAAAGUGUUAAGUGCUGAGUUUGCGCACAACAGCAACUGGUACAUAACAUUUCAGUCAGAUAUGGACGCAUUGCAGGCUUACAGAUACCUAAGAGAGGAAGUGAAAAUGUUCCAGGAGAAACCGAUCAUGGCCCGCAUUAAGGCCAUAAAUACGUUCUUUGGAAAGAAUGGCUUCCGCAGCAUGGAUUCAGGUGUUUUCAGUCAGCCUACCCAACCACAGACCCAGUUUGGCUCUCCGGUCUACAUGCAGCAGGUGUACAGCCCUCAGCAGCAGUACCCGGUUUAUCCUGUGGUGUCUCCGUCUUGGAACCCUUCAGUCAUGCCUUACUUUGAAACACCACUGGCGCCUUUUCCUAACAAUGGAUUCAUGAAUGGUUACAGCAGUCAGGGGAACUACAAAGCAAACACCAGCUUGAUCAACGCCCAUCGUUCCAUGAACAGAAACCGAAACCAUGUAAAAGGUCACCCUAGGCCUGGAGAUUUGCCCGCUUCUUCUUUGGUUCCAGGGUCCCUGAUGGAUGGUACAUCUGGUCCUUUGAGUCCCCAGGCCCUCCAAGCACCAGGGACACCCACCACACCACAGUCAAUGUCUUCUGCCUACAACUUUAAAGACAAUUCUCCACUGGCCACUAUUCCCAGUGGAGAUCUGAGCGGGGCUGGACGAGGAAGGAGAAGCAGCCAUAGAGGCAUGCGGAGGAAAAGAGAAGAUGAGCAUACAACGAGGUCUGUGAUGGAAGCCAAGGCACCACCUCCAAAAUUUGACUUGGCAGCUACCAAUUUCCCUCCUUUGCCAGGAUCAGUAGUCAGCAUGCAGGAAGAAACUGUGACAGAGGUGCGCCUCUCUGAUGUUGUGCGUGGAUUAAAGGUGACAGCCAAGUCUGUGAGCCGAGAGGUGAACUUGACCCGAAACACAAACGUCUCAGAAGAUCCAGUCAACAAACCUGAGUCUGUGACCACGGCUGCUAAACCUGCUGCUUCGGUGCCACAAUCAGAACUCCAGCCAAUCUCAAGUGCUUCUCCUCCAGCUAAGGAAGAAGAUAAAACGGAACCACAUGUUUCAGAGGAAAAAACCUCCUCGUCCACACAAGUUCUCUCUCCAACAACUUCAGAACCUUCCCCGCCCACCUGCAGCCAGGCUGUUGCUGCAGAAGCACCCUCACCAUCUCCCCCUAGUCCAACAUCAGAACAGGGACCAAGAAAGCUCAGCUAUGCAGAGGUGUGCCAGAGGCUGGCCAAGGACCCACCGCCAGCACCGGUACCCUCUCCCUCCCCUCCUUCUUCCUCUGCCAGCCAGCCCUUGCAAGAGCUCAAGGUCAACAGGGUGGAGGAGCCUCGGCCCAACUCAAGACGAACAUCAGACAAACCAGGAGAUAAAAGGCCUCCUCGGCAACCAUUGCGCUCCUUCAGAGGGACAGCUGGCCAAGGCAGAGUCGGAGGUCCAGGGCUGAAGAUCCGGGAGCAUCAGAGAGGCCUGAAUACUGGCAAAAGAUUUUCCCCACAGCGAGGAGCCAGACGCAGUGGCAAGGAACAAAACAUUCCUCCAAGUUCACCAAAAUAGCUAAAGAAAAAGAACCCUUUAAAACAUCAACUAAAAUAGAAAUAUGAACUCUGUAAAUAUAUGUAUAUACAUACACGCAUGUAAAUAGACAGAUAAAUAUAUUUAAUUUGACAGACUUUGUCAAAGAAUCAACUUUGGUAAAGAACUGAAAUAAUUUGGAUUGGCUGUAAAUAAGUAUUCCUUUCAGGACAUUGCUUUGUCUGCAAACAAAGGUGCAGACUUUAGGGUGAUAAAACAUACCUAUCUUAAAGUAAUAUGAUGAUAUUAAGAGUUGGCCCCAUAAACGGGCUGUUCUUCAGUGUAGCUACAUGUGUAUGUGUUUGAGCAAGUGGAGGUUUGUCUUGUAUCUUUUUUUUUCUUUUUUUUUUAAGUAUUUUAUUUUGUAAAAUAUGAGUAAUCUUGCAAACUUUACCGAUAUGGGAAAUGACAAAAAGGCACAUUUGAUUUUUUUCAAAGUGGUCGUUUGCAUGUAAUCCAUCUUAAGCUUUUAAUCAAAGUUGUUUCGCAUUUAAAUCAAAUAAUCAAACUAUUUAUGAGGUGGAACAUGUUGAAUACAUGGCAGAAUUAUAGAAACCUUUGGAAGAUUAGCAAGAAGCAGUGACAGAACAUUUGCUCGUGGUUUUGGAAUCUCGUUCUUACAAUAAUGUGAGCGAAUAAUUUGGAAAAUGGUGCAAUUUACUUAUAAUCCUUAUUUAGUGUUAGUUGUAUUUGGCAGUAAUUGUCUGUAAUGCAAAUAUUAUAUUACUACUGCUAAUAUUUGAAAAAAAAAAAAAAACAGUCCUAGAGUAUCACUGUACUUGUUCUGCUUGUGUCAUUUUUGCAUGAUUGACUCUGUUGAUGGAGCAUGAAUCACUGGCCAAAUAGCUGACUAUUGCUGCGGGUUAUUCUAAGUAAGCAGAAGCAUGUUUUCUGAGAGGGGGGUGGGGUGUACAGAGGCUGAAAACAAGAAUUCAGCGCCUGUCUCUCAAAGCAAGGUUAUAGGGUUAGUCUGCUGACUAUAACAAAGCUAAUGUUUAGGUGUGACUAGUUAAAAGUGAUCCUGUUUAGCAUGGUAACUCGUGGUGCACAGACAACAGUAGAUUAAGUUUUGAGGACUGCCCACUAGUCAUGGUGACACAGGAUAUGGAUCGUUCCGUAUUUCCAGUUUUGAACCUGUUUUAGAGCAGAACAGCUUAUCUGGAGAAUCAGAAGUACAAGCAUCUAUAAUGCUAAAUUAUAAUGGAUGAACUGAGGGACCUAGAGCAGGAGAAGUGUUUUUUUCUCCUCAAUAGAAUGUUUUUACUGCUUGAUUGAGGUAGCAGCUUGAAGGUUGGAUGGUGUCCUCCAUUAAUGUGGUGAAACUGAUUGUAGUUUGGGGAACUAAAACCACUUUUGAACUUGAUUUUGUAAAUGUGUAUACAGUAUGUAGCACAGUCGAUGUGUAUAAAUUGGUAAUUUAGUUUUGAUCGGGUUUGUCCAUAUACUUGUUCUAAUGUAUGUGUCUACAGCAGUAGGCAAUAUCUUCUCAUUUUCUGUCACUUAUUUUUCUCACUUUAUGGUUUUUAGUGGUUUGUAAUAUUUGUAUAUUGGUAGACUGAUCUGAGAAAAAAUGUUUAGUUAUUAACUACAGAGUUAGAUAUGGAUCUGUACUGCAACUUGAGGCUCAUUAGUGAGCACAGCAUACCCAUACCUGUAGAGAAAUCCACUAUCCUAUUGAUCGUAAGACUUUUAAUCAUUACAGAAUUUAGACAUGUAAAUAUACAAGUAUAUUUCAUUUGAUGGACAAUGUCAAACAAUCUCUUAAUAUUUUUGCGGAGCUGCAAUUGUUUGAAAAGACUUUUAGUACAUUUUCCUUGUAGCAAAAUGCAUAUAUUGUAUGGCCAGAACUGCAUACGUUGGGGUUGGUAAAACGUUUUCAUUUCAUCUCUGUAGCUUGAGGUGUUGCAUAUAAGCAAAGAUAAUGAAUCACUUUCUUAGUGGGAUAAAACUUUUUACCUUCAAUAAGUGUUUUAAGUCCUCUGCUUGUAGGGAGUUACUGCAGUGUACAGUAUUUGCUGUCUUGUAACCAGUAGUUAAAUUUUGACCGUGUAAACUAUGUGCAAAACAAAGAUGUUGCUUCUGCUUCAGACUACACUGAAUGAUUAUCUCAGCCCAAAUCUCCAGUGCCUUAGCAGUGUUUCAUUUGAGUAUAAAGUCCAAGAAUUUUGAGUACAUACAUUUGCAAUAUCAAAGACUUAAAAGUUGGUGGUUAACAUGUAUCAGACACAUGUGGACACUACAUUUUGUCCAGUGUAAAUCUCAGUUUAUUGUAGACGCAGCUGGAGUCGGUAUGUUUGUCAAUUAUGCAUCUAUCAUACAUUUUAUGUUGUUGGCUUGCCAGUGCAAAUUAAAUCUUGUUUUAGAAUCCUGUUCAUAACUCACUAUCAUAUUUGAGACUGCAAUUUUUAUCAACCAAGUGCACACUGGUUUACCAAGUGAAUAUUUUAUUACUGAGCCUGAUGUAUUAAAAUAAAAAUAUAUUUUUAAACAUUUA